GCUUGAUGAAGGCGGGCUCUGGUGACGCAAACUGAGCUCGACCAAUAGACGUUUCUGUUUUGCGCUCUCUGAUUGGUCGAUCGACAGUGAACUGUGAGCGGUUUUACGUCGCAGAAGUGAGUGUACACGAAGAAGGUGAAUGCGUGCGGGGCAAACGUGCACGUUUUUAAGCCCCUGAUCUAAACUGCCACUUGGAUUUUGACCCAGAUCAGUGGUAUGUAGUCACCUCUUCCUCACAGACUCACUUUCAGACCAACUAUCGAAUAAGCAUUGACCGUGGAUCGACCAGCGGGGUUUUGUUGGAGGCGAAGCCGCGUUGAGACGCUUUGAGGUCGUAUAAAGUGACUAGUAGCGACCGCUGGUCUCACACCCACCCGCAUGAGCUCCACACGGACACGGACUUUGACACUAACGUUACAGCCCAGUCCGGUAGAUCCCGGAGAGCAUGAGCCGAGAUGAGCCAGAGAGACACACUGGUGCAUCUGUUCGCUGGAGGAUGUGGAGGCACAGUAGGUGCGAUCCUGACGUGUCCAUUAGAGGUGGUGAAGACGAGGCUUCAGUCUUCCUCCUUGACGCUCUGCAUCUGCACAGUUAAUGGAGCCAGCAUGGCACGUGUGGCCCCUCCAGGGCCCCUUCACUGCCUCAGAUUAAUUCUUGAGAAGGAAGGGCCUCGUUCUUUAUUCCGGGGCCUGGGACCCAAUCUAAUCGGAGUGGCUCCUUCACGGGCCAUCUACUUCGCUGCCUAUUCCAGCACAAAGGAGAGACUGAACUGUGUGUUUGAGCCAGACUCCACGCAGGUGCACAUGACGUCUGCUGGGAUCGCAGGGUUCACGGCAAUAACGGCAACAAACCCAAUUUGGUUGAUUAAGACGCGUCUACAACUGGAUGCCAGGAACCGUGGGGAGCGUCGGAUGAAUGCGUUUGAGUGUGUGAGCCGCGUGUAUCAGAAGGAAGGCCUACGUGGGUUUUACCGCGGCAUGUCUGCAUCCUACGCGGGAAUCUCAGAGACUGUGAUCCAUUUUGUGAUCUAUGAAAGCAUCAAACGCCGUCUUUUAGAAGCUAAAGCAGCAACACACAUGGAUGAGCAUGAGGACACAGCCAAGGACGCCUCAGACUUUGUGGGCAUGAUGCUGGCAGCCGCAACCUCCAAGACCUGCGCCACAUCGAUAGCCUAUCCACACGAGGUCAUCCGUACACGGCUAAGGGAAGAAGGAAACAAGUACCGCGCGUUCUUCCAGAGUCUCAACCUAGUGAUCAGAGAGGAAGGCUAUCGAGCUCUUUACCGAGGACUCACCACACACCUGGUCAGACAGAUCCCCAACACGGCCAUCAUGAUGUGCACCUACGAGUUCGUCGUCUACCUGCUCGAUGGCUAACCUUAGACCCCGAGGUGCCUCAUGGACAGGACGUUAUGUGGUUUUAUUCACCUUGUCAAAUGGUGUGUGUUCUGGGAGGAAGGUGUUAGGAGAAACAGGGUAAUGACUAAAAGGUUGGUGUCUAGAAAGAAGCUUUUCCUUCCCUUUCCCUCUUUUAAUGUUCUUUAAAAUGAUGCUGCUUCUAAAAAGCCUUGACAUACCUGACUAACGAUGGUAGUCAGAUGGAGUGUGUUACAUUGACAUCAGCACCAGUUCACCUUUAACCCCCUCAGAGUUUGGCUUUCCAUCUCAAACAGCACUUCACGUCAGAUUGAUCUCGAAUGUGGUUUUAGCAGUUUGGUUCUGUCAGAGAAAAGCUGUUCUUGUGUUGGCAGGUCAUUGAGGGUUUUGUCCGCCACUUUGUUGUACUAUGAUGGUGAUCAAAGCUUCAAGGGAUUUUAUCAAGCUCUGAGCUGGAAAGGAAUCGAAGAGGAUCCAAACAGAGGCUCACUUCCUGUCUGGAAACAGCCAAUCGGGUGGCUCUUACACCAUGCAGUGCAAAAGCAGGAAGAUCCUACAUAGAUUCACAUACCUGACACUAUGCUCACAUGUGUACGUGGACCUGCAAAAGAAAAAAAAAUGUCUAAGAGAGUGUUUUGUCGUUUUGACACUGUACAGGUAACUGUG